UUCUACAGGGUCUGAAAAGUCCUUUGAGAUCUGGAUCAAGCGCUGUGAGGAGAUGAUGGGGGAGCGGACACAGUUCUGCAGCGGCAACGAGACACCUGCGGUUCCACCUGUGAAACACGACUGGUACCAAACAGAGUCUCAAGUCAUCGUCACAGUCAUGGUUAAAAACGUUCCCAAGGAUGGUGUGUGUGCCAACUUCAUGGAAAAAGAGCUCUCUGCCUCGAUAGGGCUGACAUCAGGGGAGAACUACGACCUCAGCUUCCAUCUCCUCCACCCCAUCGUCCCCCACCAGAGCAGCUUCAAGAUCCUCAGCACCAAGGUACCACACCCUGUAUCAGCUCACGUA